CAAACAUCAAAACAAACCUUAAACUAGCAAAAGAGUGAAAGACAUCAGGACGGGAGAAGUGAAGAAUGGUGUUCAUCAAAGUUCAUCAACUUGCUUUUCUCUUUGGUCUUUUGGGCAACAUUGUGUCUUUCGGGGUUUUCUUGUCUCCAGUGCCAACGUUCUAUGGGAUAUACAAGAAGAAAUCAUCAAAAGGGUUUCAGUCGAUACCAUACAUAUGUGCACUUGCAAGUGCAGCUCUUCUUCUCUUCUACGGAAUAAUGAAGACACAUGCCUAUCUCAUCAUUAGCAUCAACACCUUUGGAUGUUUCAUUGAAAUCUCCUACUUGUUUCUCUAUAUCAUUUACGCACCAAGAGAGGCCAGGAUAUUCACGUUGAAGUUGAUAUUGAUAUGCAACAUAGGUGGACUUGGUCUCUUGAUUCUUCUCGUUGAUCUUUUGAUUCCAAAACAACACCGAGUCUCAACGGUUGGAUGGGUUUGUGCUGCUUACAGUCUCGCCGUCUUUGCUUCUCCCUUAAGCGUUAUGAGGAAGGUGAUAAGGACAAAGAGUGUGGAAUACAUGCCGCUUCUUCUCUCCUUGUCUCUCACUCUUAACGCCGUCAUGUGGUUCUUUUAUGGACUUCUUAUCGAGGACAAGUUCAUUGCUAUGCCAAACAUUCUUGGAUUUUUGUUCGGUAUAGCUCAAAUGAUACUAUACAUGAUGUAUCACGAUUCAAAGAAAACGGAUUUGCCAAAACUCAUAUCUACAGAGAAUCAACCAACAAAUGAAACCAAUCUGAACGAAGUUGCGAUCGUGGCCGUUGAAUUGUCUGAUGCUAGAGCAGAAAACGUUGAAGGAUCGGUGAGGCCUAUGAAGACUCCAAACUCAAGCACCACGGCUUAAAAGGAGAAACAUAACUUAACCUUGAGUUGAGGCCUAUGAAGCCUAUGCAGACUCUUUAUCUUACGUUGGAAAAAAUAAACUUUAAAUCUAAAUGCUUAGUUUGUCCAAAAAAUAAACUCUAAAUGCUUAGUUUGUCCAAAAAAAAAAAUCUAAA